AUGGGCCUGCAUGGAUACUAUUCCAGCUUUGUAAAGGACCUUCUGGAGUACACACUGGCCAACUGCAUGCAUGAAGAUCCAAAAAGGGACUUUGUGCGCACACAAAUAGAAUGCACCACCAGAAGGCCCUUGCUCUAUACCUUCAGAAAUGCUGCGCUUCCGGAAGACAUCGUAGAAGAUCUCUUUAAUGCGAUGAAAAAAAGGGGGAUAGACAUUAUGCAGGGACACGGCGCGGUUUUUAGAAUCCCAGAGGUUUUGGACGACUUCACGCACAUGGACACGCAAACAUUUAAGAGAACACUCGAUUUGAUUGUUAUGAAGAGAAUCGCGUAUGGGCUGGACUAUUUACAUAAAGUUUCGACGAUACUGCAGUGUUUGCGCUCUGAGGUAAGCGUGUGUGCCGAGCCCGAUGCUAUGCACAGAAGUGAUGCGUCGUGCUUUUCUGCGCUGUCUGCAGAAGGCCACGGGAAUCGCCAGAACCCAAAGCAGCACCGCAAAAUAGAAUACUUUGAGGCCUACAACGCGGUCUGCUUGUUCUAUUUCUUUUGCCCUUCGAAGUACUUGAGAAAACACGGGGGCCAGAUGGUGAGCUUCCAGUUUCGAGGGAAGGGCCUGGUAUUAGAGUGCAGAAACAUACAGUGCCAUAUAACUCUUAAGAUGAACGAUGGGGGGCCUCCUGAGAUGGUAAAAACAGAAUACAAGCACAGGCAAAUCUGGGAUAUAGACACGCCUGUUCCGCACUCCCACGUUCAUUUCAUAUGCAACGUAACACAGAAGUACAGGAAGAUAUGCAUGCCUUUUUUAAUGGGGAGGGGAGAGCCUAUGUGCCAGCAUAGCAUAGAGCAGAUUUGCGCCCAUCUGAAGAGAGUUUUCUGCUCAAGCAAAGAAACAGUUAUAGCCCUCCUGCACUGCGGACAGAAAAAUACCUGGAGUUUUUCUGCGGUUAUGGACACCAAAAAAACCAUUUCUCAACUGGAGAGGGAGGGAGUUACUGCAGUCUUUUACCAGAUACCCAAAAAAGACACCAAAAGAGACGCUGUUCUGAGCGUGUUUGAAGACCCAGAUGAGCCCUGCAACUCAGGCCGAAUAAAAAUACCGCUCUUUCUCUCCCCCUUGAUGCAGAGCGCCCUCCAUCUAACCCCGUACACAGCAGCCGUCAUAAAAAACAAUAGGUCCAUGCACAAGAUGCUUUCCUGCAACAGCAAACAGCCUCUCAACAUAACAGAAUGGGCAUACACAAACGAUCCUGCAAGCACAGUCCCGCAGGAAGAGGCCGGGAACUACACGCUUAUACGAAGCUGCUACGGCAGCCUGUAUAUUGACAGCCCGGAGGCCCGCAUGGAGUGCAACAGCAUGUGCAUGCGCACUUUAGAGAACUUAGAGAGAAAAACACGCCAAAUCGAAUGGUCCACGCAAAUUUGUGAAAGCCCAGACAUGUACAACAACUACACGUUUAACUUUCUAGAAAAUGCGGACAUAAAGCUUGCGCACAACAAAAUAGUUUCAAUAAUGGAAAAAACAGGCGAGUACUACACAGACCUAUCUGCUCCGUGGUAUAAAGUGCCCUUUUAUGCAGAAAUGUUUGAAAAGAUGGGGGUGCUGCCUGAAGCUGUAUUUCUGAAUGCGAAUGCAGCGAAUCUAAGCGAGGAGAUAUACAGCCCCUUCUACUUUGCAGCGUUUCGCAGCGUGAGAAGAUUCAAGCCCGAGCUGAGAGUCCACAACCAGCUGCUAGGGAUUCUAAUAGGCAAAGACUGA